CAAAGUCACAAACCCAUAAAGAUAGAAAUUAUGCGUCUUUCUCUUCUUAUCUCAUCACAUCUUGAUCAUGAUUCAAUCUCUGAAGUUAGCAUUUUCCAUGCACACAAGGAAACAACCAACAACAACAACAACAUUCAAAAAGUGGCCAUUAACAACAACACUAGAGUUUAUCCUCUAGUUAACAUGGGAAACAAAUACAAACACAAUGAUCAAGAGCAAGGUGAUCAUGCCACAAAGACCAAAAGAUCACACUCCUAUUCUGCUUCAUCAUAUGUUGGUGCCUACACCAACAUCAAAAACUUCAAAGCUCAUUCAUUCCAUGUUCCAACUCCAACACUUUCUUCUUCUUCUUCUUCUUAUGCUCGUAGUAAUAGUGAUCUUAGCAAGAAAAUCAAAGCUUCAUUGUCAAAACCCAUUUGGCUUUUACAAAGAAGAUGUCCUUGCUCUGGUGAAAACUCUGUGCAAGUUAAACAAAACACACCAAAACCAAAAACUCCAACAACAUCAAAACCAAAACCAACACCUCAAAGCCUCUCACAGAACCAAAUUUCCAAGUUGAAAAAGGAUCAUAUGGUGACACUAAACACUCAAAGAUUUCAACAUGCCAUGAACCAUGUUCGAAGACCCUUCAAUGAAGCCUUCACUUUUCCUCUGUUAUUAGCAAAACCGAAGGAUCUUCUGAACGUUGUGCACGAAGGAGAAGAUCAACCACGUGAUUCCUUGCAAGUUUUCCUACCACAAAGCAACGCCAAGUCACGUGACAUGGACGACGACGCAGCUAGUGAUACAAGUUCUGAUCUUUUCGAAAUAGAGAACUUCUCCGGAGGCAGUGUGCGAUGGCGGAGACAAAGUGAUGCUGAGGAAACCGCCGCCACUUCUUUAACUGAGUUUUAUUCUAUUGAAUUUUAG